GUAUGAGUAAAUAUUUUGACCCGGAAACGAUUGCUGAAAAUUAUUCGCAGGCGCUGAUGGUGGAACAUGGGUUAAAUUGUCGAGUUAAAUUAUUCAAGAGGAUAAUAUUGUAUAUUUUCGGGAACUCAGCUCAACUGCUGUUGCUGGUCUGAGUGCCAUUCAAGAAGUUUGACAGCCCUCGAGUUGGAACUUACUGAAGACAACAUCCUAGGCUAGUUCCAUCUUCAACCCUGGAAUCAAAGUCAUCCAGUCACCCGCACUCAUGGAGAACACAAAAGAAGAGGGUAAGAACAAAGAGAAAAAGAGAAGCCCCGGUCCCGGUUAUGUGUGAGGUGUGCGGGACCUACUUCGAGACGCGGCGGGGUCUCUCCAGUCACGCCAGACUCCACCUCCGUCAGCUCGGUGUGGCUGUCUCGGACAACAGCGGAGCUCCCAUAGACUUACUCUACCAGCUGAUUCAGGACAGGGACGGUUCCAUGCACCCACCCAAACCCGUCUACUCUUCACCCAAAAAAAACAAGGGGUCGGGGACACUCAUCUCCCAGAAGGAGUCCCCUCUUGUGGGUAGGGUCAAAGUAGUGACAACCCCACAGAAUAAUAUAUCCAAGGUAGCUCGUAAAGGGACAGUUUUGGCCAAGCCUCGGCAGUCUUCCAUGUCGUCGUUCCUAACAGCAGGCAAGACACCAUCGCCCUCAGGGGGAGCGAGCCUGGCCUCGGCCAAGCCUGCCUGGGCACCGCAGGAGACGGAUGCCCCUCUCACCCUGGCGAUGGACACCAAUGACGAGGUGCAUGUGUGCCAAUUGUGCGGUGCUUGGUAUGAGUCCCGCAAAGGCCUGGCCAGUCACUGCCGGGCCCACUUGCGCCAGUUCGGCAUCACCGAGAACACUGAGACGAAAGGAGGACCAAUAGAAUUCCUCUAUCAGAUCAUGGAAGCAGAAGACCUCCAACCUAUAGCAAGUGAAGGUCUCAACGUCUAUAACCCUUCUAUGUCUUCUAACUCUAACAAACGGCCCUCCGGCUCUGGUUCGUCCACAUCGCCUGCUAGACAUAAAGGAUCCCCCUCCUCCUCUCUUCACCAGCCUCCCUCCAACAAACGGCCCAAGCCCUCCGCAUCAGAAGGAACUGCUCCACAGGAUCAUAGGCUCAGCACGGGUGAGUUCACCUGUGUGUUGUGCGGUGAGGAGUUUGAGAACCGCAAAGGCCUAGCAAGCCACUCCCGCUCUCACCUGCGCCAGCUCGGCGUCACCGACCUCCUGGGCAAGGCGUCGGCCAUCGACACGGUCCAGCAGCUGGUCAGCAGCGGCGUGCUUGCGGCUGCUGCAUUGGUACGACCCAGUAACACAACCACCAAGACCCCUUCUCAGUCUCCAGCCCCAGCCAGGUCUCCAGCUAGAUCCCCAGCUAACUCCCACCUCAGCCCCUUGGCCUCCAGCCACAAUCCCAGGUCCAAGGCCAAGAAGGGCUCCACCCUGGUCUAUCCCAAGCCGGAGCCCCUGGAGAUGGAGCUGGAUGUGGGGUUCUCCAGUCCGCUUGGGGGGUACAGCAGCAGUAAUGGAUCUCAAGGUUCUCAGAAGUUGGCCAAAAAUGGGCAGUCCUUUAACUCCGGUUCAGACCAGGAGCUCAUGAUCACCUGUGAAUUCUGUGGCCAGUUCUUUGACAGCCGCAAGGCCCUGUCCUGCCAUGCCCGCUCCCACCUGCGCCAGCUGGGAGUCAUGUGGUCUGUCAACGAGUCGCCCAUCGACUUGCUGAGAGACAUCCUGCUGAAGGAGGGCAGUGCCAAUGCCACCCAGGUCAAGAGGGAGCCAUCGUCCUCUCACUCCAGCGCCGGCCCGGCCUGGGCCAAUCACAGGAGGUUCUCGGAGCCUUCGUGGGCUCCCCAGGGCUCUAAGAGGACUUUCACUCCUCCACUGGACUACUCCCUCAACGACAAGCCUUCCCCUGAUAAGAAUGGAUCCUCCCAGUCUGCUGGUGAUGCGUGCUGUGAGCUGUGUGGCUUUGACUUUGAGAAUCGCACGGCGCUGGCGAGCCACGCCCGGGCCCACCUCCGCCAGCUGGGGGUUAAGGAGUGGAGGGCAGAGGGUGUGAAGGCCUCCCCCAUCGAGUUGCUCAGCGCCUGGAUCCAGAGGCAGCCCCGCAAGGCCGCGGAGAUCCACCGCCAGUACCGCGACGGUGACCUCAACAUCAGGUUUAAGAGGAACGCCCCGUCCCACUUUCCCUCCACAGACUCAAGCUCCUUCCCCUCGGGAGCCCAGAGGGCUGUGGGGCUGGGGCGCAGGGCGGGCCGAGAAGUGGCCAGGGUCGCCGGGGGUUCGUCCAGGGCAGCUCAAGGUCAAAGGUCACAGGGGGAGACGGGACACUCGUCAUAUCACCAUCAUACCGUCACUCAUACGCAGUCCCAGGGGGCUAGAGGAGACUUCAACCACAUACGCUCUCCUAGAGGUUUUGAGCGGCGGGUCCCUAAACACACCGCCCAUACGGAGGGAGCAGAGGGAGACGGCGGCUCUCAACAACCCCCCCGGUCAGGAAACAUCCCUUCCCUGGUUCCCAGGCCUCCCUCCACUCCUCUGGUCAAACAAGUGGGCAAAGAGUACACCCUCAAGUGCAGGUUCUGUGAGGCAGUGUUCCAUGGAUCUCAGUCAGUACAGGAGGACUGGAUCAGACACCUGCAGAAACACAUCCUGGACCUCCGCUUCAACAAGGCCUGUCCUCCCCCUGACCCAGAACGGCCCCUGGUCCCGGGCAUGGAACCCUCAGCCACCACCACCACCACCCCGGUCCUCCUGGUACCACUGGUGGUUUAAAUGGUCCACUACUAUGGCUACACUCACUGCAUUUCCCUUAUUACCACUUAGUUGGAUCGUCUUAUCUGUUGUUCAUCUGUUUGUUUUCCUCAAAGGACUGUUGAACUCAGUCUACACUGUGGUAAAAACACCUAAUAAGGUGUGUGGGGGGGGCUGAUGCUUCCCAUUAUUUAUUCAGUGUUAAAGAAAUGACUUGGUUUGAAUCAUAACUGCACAACGUGGAUAUACUGUAGCACUCGUCUUGUCCACCAGCUGUGUCUCUCUCUAGCUGUUAGCCUGGAGAUAAGGUUAGUGUAGCACAGACAUAGCUGUACCAGCCUCAUAUCAACCCUAGAGGGCCUACUUGGGCCAGUUGAAGAAGUCUACUUUCAGUAACUACUCUUGCUGGGGUAACUUAGACAUGGGGUCAAACAAACUAACAUUCAUUCACCAUGACACAUUCCUACCACUUAGUAGUCUAGCAAUAGUUACAUUCCAUGUCUUUAUUGGGAUGUUUAUUGCACAUUGUUUUCAUAGAAACCUAAAUUCAUAGUAGUCUGACAUAGGAUGGAAUGGGUUUCCAUAGACUAGAGAGUAGAGUGAUGUCACUGAAGAAGUAAGGCAAAGCCUGUUCGAGCAUUAAAUACAUUCCCCUUGUUUCAACUGUUCCAAAGCAGUGUGGCAUUAUAGGUUGCAUUGCAAAAUAGCAGGGAAGGAAGCAUGUUCACUUUUGAAUUAUGGUCUGAAAUUUGCCUAUUGUACAGGAAUUUGUAUUAGAUUUUUUUAUGAAUUCUGUUUUUAAAUGUAGAACUGUUUUCUGAAGUAAAGAAAUAUAAGAAGGUUU